UACGUCACCGGGGUUACGUUUUAUUGUGGAUCACCGGUAAGCAGACCCUAUAACUCGUGCUCGUACCCAACAGAGACAUCUCCAGGAAUGGCGACCGAUCCUGUGUGUAUCGAAGACUUUAAGCAAAUAGCCGAGGCAAAACUGUCAAAGUAUGUCCGUGAAUAUUACAACAGUGGGGCGAAUUAUGAAGACACCUACAGAGAUAACACUGAUGCUUUCGGGAGGUACAAGAUUCGACCGAAGUAUAUGCGGGAUGUGUCCAAUCGAUCAAUGGCGACCACCAUUCUGGGGCAGAGAGUAGACUGUCCUAUCGGGGUGUCCUCCGUUGCCAUGUGUCGUCUGGCCCACCCCGAGGGAGAGGUGGCUGUAGCUCGCGCUUGUGCCCGACUUGGCCGAUGUUUCACACUGUCCACAUCUGCCACCACGGGUCUGGAGGAGAUUGGGGAGAAGGUGCCAGAUUGUCUGCGAUGGUUCCAGAUCCACAUCCUCUCAGACCGAAAUAUGCUGACUCGGCUCGUACGGAAAGCAGAAGAUGCUGGCUUCUCGGCCCUGGCGCUAACUGUUGACUCCCACGUGCACGGACGCCGCCAUGCAGAGAUGAGGAACCACUUCACAUUGCCAGCUCCUUACAAGCUAGGUGUGCUAGAGGGAUUGAAGUCACGUGACGGGAUGUCUAAUGAGGAGAGGGAGGGAGGAUGGAGCAAGUUCGUCAACAAACUCUUUUCCUCCUCCGCAACAUGGGACGACCUGCGAUGGCUUAAGACCAUCACCAAACUCCCGGUGAUAGCGAAGGGCAUUGUAACAGGUGAGGGGGCCCGGGAAGCUGUCGAGGCCGGUGCCGAUGCUGUGUGGGUGUCGAACCACGGGGGUCGGGAGCUGGACUGUGUACCCGCCACGAUGGACGCCCUGCGGGAGGUGGUGGAGGCCGUGGGGGACAGGUGCGAGGUCUACCUGGACGGAGGAGUCCGGAGUGGGUUGGACGCCCUCAAAGCCAUCGCUAUGGGGGCACGUGCCGUCUUCGUGGGGCGGCCGAUUCUCUGGGGUCUAGCACAUACGGGAGGUGAAGGAGCAGAGAAGGUGCUGCAGAUCUUGGGCGAUGAACUCAACACGGGCAUGGCUCUAGCAGGAGCAUCUAAGAUAAGCGAUAUCUCGCGAGACAUGGUGGUUCACAAAUCCUACUACAGCUCCAAGCUCUGAGAGAAGACUAUGGCAUACCCCACCCUAGGUGUUGUGUGUGGCAGGGGGGUAGAAGCUGAACACCAUCGCCUUCACGAACUACAUGUAUGUUGGGUGGCCUCACCAAUCUGAAGGCACACCGGGUAUUCCUGAUAUACUAUUAUCUCACUAAAACUGUUGCAAAGUU